CCAUCAGCGGAGGAGGAGACAACGAGGACAGGAGGCGGGAGUAAGAUAAAAAGAAAUUACCUGAACAGUUAUACGCCGUUUUUUUUAUUUUUUUUUAUUUUGGGAAGUCUCCCUGCAAAAUCGAAACACAAAAUUCUGCAGACAUGUCAGAGGAAAAGCCAAAGGAGGGCGUCAAGACCGAGAACGACCACAUCAACCUGAAAGUGGCGGGGCAGGACGGCUCGGUGGUCCAGUUCAAAAUCAAAAGACACACACCCCUCAAUAAACUCAUGAAGGCGUACUGCGAACGACAGGGUCUUUCAAUAAGGCAGAUCAGGUUCAGGUUCGAUGGGCAGCCAAUCAAUGAGAAUGAUACGCCUUCGCAGCUGGAGAUGGAAGACGAAGACACCAUAGAUGUUUUCCAGCAGCAAACGGGUGGCUGCUGCUAAACCCCCUUCAAGCCUGUUGACUGCCACCCUCAAUCCAAAGCCCUCCGACAUCAACGCCCUUCUCCUUUGCUCCUCUCAGCUAUUAUUAUUGUUAUUAUUAUUAUUAUUAUUGCUAUUGUUCAUUUCAGCGAUGUCCUUUGUGAUGUGAUUUUUUUUUUUUUUUUCAUUUUUUGAAGGAGGGAGGUAGCCGUUAUCUGACACUUUCUGGGCAACCAACAAAACCGUCGCCAGUGAGCCGUGAUGGAACUAGUUAGUUUUUAGGGUGGCACGCUUGAGCUUGCAGCCCCCUACAAUUUGUUUUGCUUUUAGCUGCUUUUGAAAACGGCUUUAUCCUUGUUUUAUUCUGAACUCACUGUGUACAGACGUAUCAGAAUGGAUGUAAGUACCACAAUUCCAAAAUGACCAAACGAGGCGUUCAUAGGGAGUCUGUACUUUUCGCUUCCUCACUUCCACUUUUAUUUCUGCAUGUCCUGAAGGGAGGAAAAUUUGUUUCUGUACCACCAAGUAUUUAUUCACACAGUAAGUGGAGGACAUGGGCGGAUAGUAUAUAGUGAACACUUCACUGGUUUUGUUAUUUUCUUUCUUGCGUGUAUGUAAAUGGCGGAUGAGUAAGAACACUGCGUGUAAACUUAACAGUAGUUGACAGCGUAUUGGGUUUUCUCAUCAGAUAUUAGAAGCUUCAGGUUAAUUCAGACAUGCUAUGUAAUCAGAGCGAAAUUACAUGCAAGUUAUAACCUUGAAAAUAUAAAUCCUUUUUAAGACUGCAAUGAUGUCCAACCCUUUUAAUGUAAAUGUACCCUUUAUUUUUAGAGAUAGAUUGCCCUUUGUGUAUUUUUGUGCAUUCUAUACAUCUAAAAUGGAAACUACUGUAUUGCUUCUACUCAGUCAUCAUUCCCCCCGCCACUCUGUUAAAAUGACAGCACACUUGUUCCCACCCAAAAAACAAAUUCCCACAUUUGAGCUCAAUUAGCUAAAAAAUCCUUUACAAUGGGCCUAGGUCUUUUGUCAUGUUAUGUUUCUCUACUGAUUUGUACAUUAUUUGUGGUCUUUUACUACUGUAUACAAUAAAUAUAGUUUGGUACUCA